UGAUUCGCCCUCUCAGAAAUCGCGGCUCGCGUGCCGGCUACGAUGACCCCGGCUCCGGGCCGGACCGGACGUCCGGCCGGGAUCGGCGGCGUCCGGAGCCGGGGCGACCUCCGGCAGUUGCUGCCGCGCGCGGACCACGAGACAAGAUGAGGUGCGGCCUGCUGCUGCUGGCGCUCGUGUGUCUGGUGUGCCUCAUCGCGGCCGCCGAUGGAGGCCGGUCCUGGCGGCGUAACGGCCGCUGCCGGCGACCCAAGCUGGAGAACGGCGUGGCGAGGAUGAGGUCUCGGGGCCGCGUGGCGCGCUACCGCUGCUACCGCGGCUUCACCCUGUACCCGGGCCGGUUUAACACCUGCGUCAGACGCAAGUGGCUCGAGCCACACUCCGUCUGCGUCAAGGCGGGCUGCGAGGCGCCUCCAGAGAUUCCUCACGGUCAGCAGGAGGAGCUGCUGAAUGGAGGGGUCAUCACCUUCACGUGCAGCCCCGGGUUCGAGCUGAGCGGGCACGCGUCCAUGUACUGUAACGGCCUGCAGUGGAACGGCACAGUGCCCACCUGCGAGCCCGAGUCGCUGGCGAACGGCGUCCAGACGCAAGUGGAGUGCGACUUUGAGGACGAUCUGUGCGGCUGGACUCACGGCGAGGCGGCAGAGUUUCAGUGGACGCGACACUCGGGCCGCACCCCGUCCACCGACAUGUUCACAGGACCGUCGUACGACCACACGCUCGGCGAGGGUCAGCGGGGCAACUACAUGUAUAUCGAGGCGUCUGACCCUCGGGUGGAAAACGACACUGCCCGGCUCUUUUCGCCCGUGUUCGCCGCCUCUCAGAGCCUGGACGCGUGCUUCUCACUCUGGUACCACAUGUGGGGCAGCUCACUAGGUGCCAUUCGAGUAUACAUUUUGCCGGUGGAUGAGUCAUUUGAUCAGCUCGAUGGACCGGCUUGGGAAAGGACUCACAGCAUGGGAAACCGCUGGAUCAACAAGAUUAUUCCCAUACCUGAGCAGACGGCUCAUUUUCAGGUGGUUGUCGAAGGGGUGCGAGGAGAGAACUACAUGAGUGACGCUGCCAUCGAUGACGUGGCCCUGCGUCACGGUGACGCCUGCACCCCUCCGGCGCGGCCGCCGCUGCUGCCGUCGGCGCCGAUAGACGCCACCGAUGACGAAGCCAACUCGUGCGAGGGCCGGUGCGGGGAGCGCCGCGACCCGGCGGUGUUUUGCAGCUGCACUGACGACUGUCAGCUGGACGGCGGCUGCUGUAACGACUACUACCGCGUCUGCCUCGAGGAGGACGGCGUGGCAGACGAUAAUUCGACAAUGAGUGACACAGACGAGGAGGAAACUGACGAGCCUGAUUCAACGGAGAGCGGCGCCCGACCGGCGCCCACAGCCGCUGUCCCGCGCACUUCUACCACAACCACAACUACCACAACAACGACCACUGCGGCCCCGACAACCACACGGCCAACCACCACUACAACCAGCACUACAACCACGACCACGGCCGCAACCACACGACCAGCCACAACAACCACAACCACAACAACACCCAGACCAACAACAACGAGGACAACUACCAGAGCGACAACGACGCCAAGGACAACCACAACCACCACAACAACCACAACAACAACGACAGCGGUGACCACGAGACCGGUAACCGUGGCGCCAACGACCACCACAACCCCCACAACAACCACAAGAGCUGUGGUGACUCCAACACCACAGCCCACCACAAGAACGACUCAGCCACCACGGACCACCACACCACAACCAGUCACCACAACCACAACCACCACCACGUCAACACCCUCACACCCGACCCCGGUCCCGGCGGUGCCCUCCUCCGCUACCCCAGCGCCCCCUGCCACCCCCAGCGCCCGUCCACCGAUCACCUCAGCCCUCCCUCCCUCCUCCACCGACAUCCCCAACGAGCUGCCGCCGCCCAUCCCCUCCGGGGAGGGGGGUAACGCGCUGCCCCAGCUUGGCGGCCAGCCGGCGGCCGUCUCCUCUCGCAGCAGUGCCGGACUACCGAUGUACGCCAUCGCUGCGAUCGCCUGCGGCGUCCUGCUGGUAGCUGCAGUUCUGUCGGCGCUCGCGGGGCGGCGCUACUGUCGACCCCGCCAGGCGUCCCGGCUGAGUGAUGCAGACGAGCUGGAGACCCUCUUCACUGGCCUAGACGCUGACCCGACCAUCGACUGUCGGCCUCAGACGCGCGAGGCGCCGGUGCCCAAACGGCCGGCGCCCUCACCGCCGCCGGCCGGCCGGGCCCGCGCCGACUCUGCCGAGCUGGGGGAGUUCACAGUGGAAGACAUCGGAGAUGACAGCGAGACCACCCGACUCACUGGCAAUUAGACGGCGCCCUGCGCAGUGCUGAGAGGUUACGAGACUCAUUGUGCAAGGACGAGCAGAGCACGGUGUUCUGGCGAGGUGUUAUACCUACACAGAACAUGGAUCGAGCGGGGACCAUCAUUUUGUUCAGUGUGAUACGGCUCCCUUUCACCAAUGACACUUAAAAUCCAUGUUGCUGGUGUAACGAUAUCCGGGCAUCAUUUCCGUUUUAACGAGAUCUGACACGAUUGCAAGGUUCAAAGCUGUUGAAGGAUCUGAUUCAACGCCAUUUUGUGUGCAUGAUUUGCUCAGUGGGCGUGCGUAGGUACACCACUUGCCACAUAUGCAUAGUUAUAACUAGUGUGCAAACAUGCAUUCGCAUAAUUUCGUCAGCAGAAGAACUGACGCGUUCCAUGCAUGCUCGCUGUACAAUGGAAGUCCGGGUUUGUAUGAAUAUAUGACUUGUAAGAAAUAUACCGAUAUCGUGUCA